AGUGACGCACCGGGGUUGGAGUAGUGAGCCCCCUUUUGGCCCUGUGCUUUGCUGUGCUUUUCUGGAUGUGUGUCGGGAAGCUAUGUUCCCUGACCCUCGACUUCUGGGGUGAGGAGGGGUCCCCACCAUAUCCUCGGGGUUGGUAGGAGGAGAGGAUUGGAGCUGUUUUCUCCUUGAUGCCAAGAUACGCCAGGCUAGGAGCACUCUUCCCUUUCCACAGCCAUCUACCAAGAACAGGCCUGCAAGAGGGGACGAGAAUCAGAGCUUUCCUGCAACCCCAGCCACUGCCUGCUUUCGUGGGCCUGGACUGUGCCAGCAACUGUCGAGGAGGUGGGAGAGAGCAGCAGUGUGGUCCACGCUGCUGGCCACCUUCAACCACCCUGCUGCUGAAGCCGCCCUGCCCAUGCUUGCCCAGGCCGUGGGGCCAGGGGCCUGUCAGGGCUAGGAGUGGGGCCUGCCAUUCAUGGGUCUCUAGGGAUUUCCGAGAUGCCUGAGAAGAGAGGCUUGGGCUGGUGGUGGGCCCGGCUGCCCCUUUGCCUGCUCCUCAGCCUCUACGGCCCCUGGGUGCCUUCGUCCCUGGGGAAGCCCAAGGGCCACCCCCACAUGAAUUCUAUCCGCAUAGAUGGGGACAUUACACUGGGAGGCCUGUUCCCAGUACAUGGCCGGGGCUCAGAGGGCAAGGCCUGCGGAGAACUUAAGAAGGAGAAGGGCAUCCACCGACUGGAGGCCAUGCUUUUUGCUCUGGAUCGCAUCAACAAUGACCCGGACCUGCUGCCCAACAUCACGCUGGGCGCCCGCAUUCUGGACACCUGCUCCAGGGAUACCCAUGCCCUCGAGCAGUCACUGACCUUUGUGCAGGCGCUCAUCGAGAAGGAUGGCACGGAGGUCCGCUGUGGGAGUGGCGGCCCACCCAUCAUUACCAAACCUGAACGCGUGGUGGGUGUCAUAGGUGCUUCAGGGAGCUCAGUCUCCAUCAUGGUGGCUAACAUCCUUCGCCUCUUCAAGAUACCCCAGAUCAGCUACGCCUCCACAGCCCCUGACUUGAGUGACAACAGCCGCUACGACUUCUUCUCCCGCGUGGUGCCCUCGGACACAUAUCAGGCCCAAGCCAUGGUGGACAUCGUCCGUGCCCUCAAGUGGAACUAUGUGUCCACACUGGCCUCAGAGGGCAGCUACGGUGAGAGCGGCGUGGAGGCCUUCAUCCAGAAAUCCCGUGAGGAUGGGGGCGUAUGCAUCGCCCAGUCGGUGAAGAUACCACGGGAGCCCAGGACGGGGGAGUUUGACAAGAUCAUCCGUCGCCUCCUGGAGACCUCAAAUGCCAGGGCAGUUAUCAUCUUUGCCAACGAGGAUGACAUCAGGCGUGUGCUGGAGGCAGCGCGGAGAGCCAAUCAGACAGGCCACUUCUUCUGGAUGGGCUCUGACAGCUGGGGCUCCAAGAUUGCACCCGUGCUGCACCUGGAGGAGGUGGCUGAGGGUGCUGUCACUAUUCUCCCCAAGAGGAUGUCCGUGCGAGGCUUUGACCGCUACUUUUCCAGCCGCACUCUGGACAACAACCGGCGCAACAUCUGGUUUGCUGAGUUCUGGGAGGACAACUUCCACUGCAAGCUGAGCCGCCACGCUCUCAAGAAGGGAAGUCACGUCAAGAAGUGCACAAAUCGUGAGCGAAUUGGGCAGGACUCUGCAUACGAGCAGGAGGGGAAGGUGCAGUUCGUGAUUGAUGCUGUGUACGCCAUGGGCCACGCAUUGCACGCCAUGCACCGUGAUCUGUGUCCUGGCCGCGUAGGGCUCUGCCCACGCAUGGAUCCUGUAGAUGGCACCCAGCUGCUUAAGUACAUCCGAAAUGUCAACUUCUCAGGCAUUGCAGGGAACCCCGUGACCUUCAAUGAGAAUGGAGAUGCACCUGGGCGCUAUGACAUUUACCAGUACCAGCUGCGCAAUGGCUCUGCUGAAUACAAGGUCAUCGGCUCUUGGACUGACCACCUGUACCUCAGAAUAGAGCGGAUGCACUGGCCAGGCAGUGGGCAGCAGCUGCCCCGCUCCAUCUGCAGCAUGCCCUGCCAGCCAGGUGAACGGAAGAAGACAGUGAAGGGCAUGCCUUGCUGCUGGCACUGCGAGCCCUGCACAGGGUACCAGUACCAGGUGGAUCGCUACACCUGUAAGACGUGUCCCUACGACAUGCGGCCCACAGAGAACCGCACGGGCUGCCAGCCCAUCCCCAUUAUCAAGCUUGAGUGGGACUCACCCUGGGCUGUGCUGCCCCUCUUCCUGGCUGUGGUGGGCAUCGCUGCCACAUUGUUUGUGGUGGUCACCUUUGUGCGCUACAACGACACGCCCAUCGUCAAGGCCUCUGGCCGAGAGCUGAGCUACGUACUGCUGGCGGGCAUAUUCCUGUGCUACGCCACCACCUUCCUCAUGAUCGCUGAGCCUGACCUCGGCACCUGCUCCCUGCGCCGAAUCUUCCUGGGGCUGGGCAUGAGCAUCAGCUACGCAGCCCUCCUCACCAAGACCAAUCGCAUCUACCGCAUUUUUGAGCAGGGCAAGCGCUCGGUCAGUGCGCCGCGCUUCAUCAGCCCCGCCUCGCAGCUGGCCAUCACCUUCAGCCUCAUCUCCCUGCAGCUGCUGGGCAUCUGUGUGUGGUUUGUGGUGGACCCUUCCCACUCGGUGGUGGACUUCCAGGACCAGCGGACGCUCGACCCCCGCUUUGCCAGGGGUGUGCUUAAGUGUGACAUCUCAGACCUGUCACUCAUCUGCCUGCUGGGCUACAGCAUGCUGCUCAUGGUCACAUGCACCGUGUAUGCUAUCAAGACGCGUGGGGUGCCCGAGACCUUCAACGAGGCCAAGCCCAUAGGCUUCACCAUGUACACCACGUGCAUCGUCUGGCUCGCCUUCAUCCCCAUCUUCUUUGGCACCUCACAGUCAGCUGACAAGCUGUAUAUCCAGACUACAACACUGACAGUGUCUGUAAGUCUGAGCGCCUCGGUGUCCCUGGGAAUGCUCUACAUGCCCAAGGUCUACAUCAUCCUCUUCCACCCGGAGCAGAAUGUGCCCAAGCGCAAGCGCAGCCUCAAAGCCGUCGUCACCGCUGCCGCCAUGUCCAACAAGUUCACACAGAAGGGGGGCUUCCGGCCCAAUGGCGAGGCCACAUCUGAGCUCUGCGAGAACCCUGAGGCCCCAGCACUGGCCACCAAACAGACAUAUGUCACCUACACCAACCAUGCAAUCUAGCUGGGCCACAGAACUGAGCAGGAGGAGGAAGAGCCACGAUCCUUGUGGAUGGUGUUGGCCCAGGGCCACUCUCAAGGGCCCAGCUGAUAUCCUGCCUGCCCGUGGGUGUCCACGGACAUGGCUUGGUGCUGAGGACAGCAGAACUCCCAGCCAUCACUGCUGGGCAGCUUGGGAAAGCCAGGUGGGCAACAGGAGGAGGAUGAGGGGCUGGGCAGCUCCAGGCCACAUGGAGUAUACGUCUUGCACUAUUGCCCCUCCUGGCCCCAGACCACAGGGGCUCAGGUCAUGUAGGCACCAGUGCUGGUUCUCUCCCUCCCUCCACCUCUGUCUGUGCUACUGGCGACCUUCCCAGUGUGUCUCCAGGCCCCUGUCUUUAUGUUCUGUUACCUCUGU